AUGGCAAAAGAGGGCACCAGCAACGGCGGCGCACCCCCGGCUGCCAACGUCAACUCCAUGGUCUCCGGCGGCGACAACAACAACGAGGGCACUGGCGAUUCCCAGGCCGGCAACCUGCAGCCGGCGGCCGACAAGGGCAAGGGCGUCGACGAAGGUGGGUCCAACGGUAAGAGCACGGCGACGGCGGCGGCGGCGGCGGCCAGCAGCACGAACGUUCCGAACCAAGGAAGAGCCGCCGGUGGCGGCGGCGGCCGCAGCCGCGAGAGGAUGCACAUCUUCGCCGAGCGCGAGCGCCGGAGGAAGAUAAAGAACAUGUUCACCGACCUGCGCGAGCUCGUCCCCAGCCUCACCAGCAAGGCGGACAAAGCGAGCAUCGUCGGGGAGGCCAUCAGCUUCAUCAGGGGCCUGGAGGAGACGGUGACCGACCUGGAGAGGCGCAAGAGGGAGAGGGACAGCCUCACCGCGCGGUGCGCCCGCCUCGGCCUCGGUGGCUCCUCGUCCUCGUCCGCGGCGGCGGCGGCUCCACUAACCCCCGCCGCCGUGCCGCCUACCCCGGCGCCGGUCACCCCUGCGCCUGCCGUCGUUCAUCCUGAUGCGGCGGCGGUGCAACCAGCGGCCGCCGCGGUGACCGCGCCGUCGGAGUUCAUGGUGUGGUCGGGGCCGAGCGUGGUUCUGAACUUGUGCGGCGGCGACCAGGCUUUCAUCAACAUUUCCGUGCCGCGGAGCCCCGGCGUGCUCACCAUGAUCGUCGACGUGCUGGAGAGGCACUCCGUCGACGUUGUCACGGUGCAGAUCUCCUCCGACCAAUCCCGGUCCCUGUUCACCAUCCACACUCGUGUGGACAGAGAGCGUGGAAUGUUCAUGGACACUGCGACGUCUGAAGAGAUACACCAGCUGGCUGUGUCUGAGAUGAUGGUAUUGCUCCACAGCAAGUGAUUUAUCGUUAGACGGUUAGAGUAUGUUGCAUGCAUACAGUUGCAACUAGCAAAGGGGCCAUUUGGGAUGAACUCGAUACUCAAUGAAUGUAUGGCUCCUUUCUUGGUUAAUUUGAGCUUUCCGAUGUCGCGUUUGAACUGAACCUGUUCACCUUAUAUAACUUUCAGUUUUUGAACAUUGUGUUGUAGUAAGUCAGUAACAUGCACCGUUAGCACUGUCUUUUAAGUUGUUGAUGAUCAAGCGUUUCAUCACUUCAUGAUUAAUUAUCCCUGGUUGUCUAGA